ACAGGAGAAGCCAUGAAAUGCAGCCUUGUGCUGCACGCUGAUACCCGGGGGCGGCCGUACCUUGCUGAAGACUUCGUAGGGCCUCUGAACCAGGUGGGAGUUCGGGAAGACGUAGCAGGACUUGGCGCAUUUCAAAUGGGGCACGUCUGGCUGCUCAAGCUGCACACCGCCUUCGCCAAAGUGAAGCUUCUGCGAGAGGGGACCAUGCUGGUGAAGGGGCGACCAUGCCUGGUCUUUGAUCCAGAAAAACGAGAGCUGAAGGUAAAAGUCCACUGGGUGGCAUUCGACGUAACUGCAGACGCCCUUCGACGGGCCUUCGAGACAUACGGGGAGGUCAAGGGUGUCACCCGAGAGAAGUGGAGAAUCGAGGGCCUGGCAGACGUGGAUUCCACUACCGUCAUCGUCCGCAUGGUGCUCCGCGAAGGCGUAACACCGGAGUCCCUGCCGCAUCAGCUCCGCCUCUACGGAGGCCCGCUCCUGGUUGUCGUCCCCGGACGGGCGCCGGUGUGCCUCCGCUGUCGACGCACGGGACAUAUACGGCGCGACUGCAGAGUGCCGAGGUGCGAGGAGUGUCGAGCCUUCGGGCAUGAGGCCUCGGAUUGCGUACGGUCGUACGCUCGAGCUGCUGCCAGCAAGACCACCGACAGCCAGGACAGAAACCUCGUAAUGGACGAGGAGGAGGCCGAGUCGGCGGCGACUCCAACCGCGAAGAUUUCUUCGCAAGACCGUCAAGAGUCCGGUGAGCAGGAACCCGAGCUGUCGGCGAUGCCAAAAGGCCAGGUCUCCACCGUAACGUUGACGGCAGGAGGCACUGUCGGUGAUAAUCAGCCUAACGCGAAGAAGACCAGUGAGACGACACCGGCAGCUAAGGACGACACUGACGCACUGGACGCCGGAGAUGGUACAGCAAUGGACUUCGCGACCGAGGCGAUCAAGCGGCGGCUCAGCGACCCGGAGCAGGGAACCGACCAGACGCUCCAGCAGACUGAGGGACCCUGGUUCGUAGUGACGAGCAAGAGGGGACGACGCGCUGGCCGCAGCCGUUCUUCGUCUCUUCUCAGGUAG